AUGAGGAUACUGAUUACUAGGUAUGUAAGCGAUUUACCUCUACCUCCACUCUUGCUCAGCCAUGACAUUCUGCCUCCUUUAGCUCCCAUCCUUGUACACCAACCUCAAGUUCUUAGUAAUCCUGUCUUUGGUCCUCCUGCACAGCAUCAUUUUGAUACUGUACAUAAUUAUCCGUACACGCAGCAAAAUGUUGGCAGUUUGGAAGGCUCAGUUGAAUCAACCAAGCCUGUCGGAUAUCAAGUGCUUGAUUAUCAUUUCGAGAAGGUUGGGAAAGGAGAGAGGGGGGAGAAAGUUGCUAUUGGAGAACUUCAGCACAAUGCUUACAUUAACACCAGAAUACGACCAGUAAGGCUUCAAUACGCUCUUAGUUAUCCGGAACUUCCUGAGGAAAAUGCAGAGCAUAGAUCAUUAUUAAACAAACAUGGGGAAGUUAUUAAACAGAUUCAACCAGAUGAAGAAGAAUCAGAGGAACCAUAUGAUUACGACGAUGAUAUUUACAAUCCUCUUGACUCCUUUAUUCCUUUUAAUAAUGAUAAUACACAACCAAAUCAUGAUAAUCCUAUUGAAAUCGGGCAGGCCACCUUUUGGCCUUUCGGGCAACGCAGAUUUUCUGUAAAUGUGCCAGUUAAUUCCCCAACUGCUGUUUACUCAGCUGAGCAACCAGCUGGCCAGUCAGGUGGCCAAGAAGUAAAAACAGAGAAAAUGGAACAAGGAAACAUUUUAGAUGAUCUGAAGUCUCUCUUCUUCUACUUGCCUAACAAAGGUCAGGAAGGGGAUGCAUGUACAGACUGUACUGGACCACUUGUUGUACAAUGUACACAAGCAGAGGAUCCCGAACAGAGUUUUGAUGGAGAAGAAAUCUUAACAGUUCCAAAGUGCAAUCUAGUUCCAAACUCUACAAUUCAGUAGUUGACAAGGUUUAGGGAUAUAGUUCCUCGCUAACAAAUCAUAUUGUUUUAACUUUUUACUAUAUUUUUAAUUGACUGUUAAAAAAAACUUUUUUAAAAAUAU